AUGAAAGCCUAUCUAAAGAGCGCAGAAGGCUUUUUUGUGCUGAAUAAGAGCACUACGAUUGGAAGGCAUGAAGAUUCCGACAUUGUUUUAGAGUCUGCAGACGUCGACAACCAUCACGCGCUCAUUGAGUAUAAUGAGGCCGAGAGCAGCUUUGUCCUCCAGGACUUCAAUUCCCGCAACGGCACGUUCGUCAACGAGUGCCACAUUCAGAACGUGGCUGUGAAGCUCUUGCCCGGAGACAUCCUGAGGUUCGGGUCCGGAGGGCUGACCUACGAAGUGGUCGUCGAAACCCCAGCCUCGGUCUCCUUCCCAUGGGUGAGGGGCCCAGCACCUUGGCCAAGGCCACAGCCACCUCACGCCACCCAGCAACCGAACCAGUCACCCUCACCACCACAGACGCCCUUCCACCCGGGCAUCUGGCCGGCGCCGGUGCAGAGGAGCUGGUCCCAGGAGUUCCCCGGGCCCCGCAUGGUCCCACCUGCCUCCCACAAGCGGCCCGUGAGUGCCAGCGGGAAGAUGUCCUCCUUCGUGUUGGACAGAGCCGCCCACGGGGUUCCUAUCAUCAAGCAAGUGUGGACCAAUGCCGCGGAACUUCCGGAACACUCAGUGGCCGAGGAAAUUCCUGGCGCAGGGUCCUCCAGAGAAAUGUUUGUGGACCAGGACCUGGCCCAGCAUGAUAAGGAUGAAAUAAUUCUGCUGCUGGGAAAAGAAGUCAGCCGUCUCUCGGGUUUUGAACUUGAAUCCAAAUACAAAGACACCGUGAUAGCAAGCCUGCAGAACAAAGUGGCCGACCUGAGCCAGAAGCUGUUGGAAACAGCCGCCUCCAGGCAGAGCGAGAGGGUGAUCCCGCCCACGUUUUGGGUUCUGCAUGAAGAGCACGAUGCGCAGCAGAGAGAGAUCCAGAGCUUGAAAAACCAGAUCAGUGCCCUACAGCAAGGCUACAGCCAGGUGCUGUGCCAGACCCUGUCUGAGAGAAACUUAGAAAUCACAUCUCUGAAGAACGAGGCCAAGAACUUAAGGAGGGAUACCGCCAUCACAUCGGAGAUGGUGUCGUCUUUGCAAAGAGAUGUGUUAGUAAAGGGUGAUCAAGUUCAACAACUAAAACAGGAGGUGAAUCAACUAAAAAGUGAGAACAAAGAAAAGGAUCACCAGCUCGAAGCCCUCAGCUCCAGAUGCUCAGUGCUGCAAGAAGAGUUACAGAAGGAAAAGGCCCAGAAGGAGCCCUGGGAAGCCCAAGAGAAAGAGUUGAAACUCUGCAAAACCCAAAUCCAUGACAUGGAGAAAGAAAUGAGGAAGCUCAGGGAGGAGCUGAAAAGGAGCAGUACCGAGCAGAGCCUGAUCUCUAAGACGCUGCAGGAAAAGAGCAAGGUUGAAGAGAAGCUUCAGGAGGAUUCCAGAAGGAAAUUGCUUCAGCUGCAAGAAAUGGGGAACAGAGAAAACCUCAUUAAAGCCAAUUUGCAAAGGGCAGUAGGUCAGCUGGAGCUUUUCAGAAGUCAGGUCAUCAAGGCCACCUACGGACGCGUGAAACCGUUCCAGGACAAACCUGUCUCCGAUCAGCAGUUAAUAAAGAAGAUCACCAGGGCCACGGGGGACAACAUCAACUUUCAGCAGAAAAAGUGGACCCUGCAGAAGAAGACCCAGCCCAGCAGCUCCAAACAGGAGGAAAUCACAGAGAACAUCGAGAAGCUGAAGACAUCCUUAGACAGUUGCCAGGCUUGCAUGAAAAUGUCUUGCUGUAGCAAUGACCUGAAGAAGGAGGUCGACCUCCUGCAGCACCUGCAGGUGAGCCCACCUGUCUCAGGCCUCCGGAAGGUGGCGCUGGACAUCUUGCGCCUGUCAGUGUCCUGGCUGGAGGAAAUGGAGCAUCUCCUCCACGAGGUGGGGAUCCAGUUCUCCAGCUCCGACAAAGGAUUGUCUUUGUAUCUGAAAUACCUUCUGGAACAUUAUAAAAAAAUUUCAAGCCGGACCCAGGAACUUCAGAUCAAGAUCAACAGUUCUCAGGAAACUCAGCAGUAUUUGCUGCAAGAAAAGUUACAGCAGCAUCUGGCAGAGAAAGAGAAGCUGACCGAGGAAAGGCUACAGCAAGAGGGGAAGCUGAAAGCCAGAGUCAAGCGGCUAAUGGAAGAGAAAUCGGCUUUGGAGGAAACCAUUUCUCAGGAGAAAAGCAGAGCGAAGGAAGCAUUAGAAGAAGAACAGAGCAAAGUCCAAGAGCUGGAGAAUCGCUUAACCCGCCAGAAGGAGAUUUUGGAGAGCAGCAUUGCCCAUGAGAAAAGAAAAGCAAAGGAAGCCUUAGAGACAGAAAAGAGAAAAGUGCGAGAUCUGGAGAACCACUUAACCCAGCAGAAGGAGAUUUCAGAGAGCAGCAUCGCCUAUGAGAAACACAAAGCGGAGGAGGCCGUGGAGAAGGAAAAGAAAAAGGUGCAAGAUCUGGAGAACCGCAUCACCAAGCAGAAGGAGGAAAUAGAUUUUAAAAUGCAAAAAGAAGACAUUUUAAAUAAUAAAUUAAAUGAUGCACUGGCCAUGGUAGAAAAGGCUCAGAAAACAAAGACGGCUGAAAGUCUAAAAGCAGAGAGCCUCACCAUGAAAUUAAGUGAAACAUUAGCUGAACUGGAAACUGCCAAGAUGAAAAUGAUCAUGAUGGAGGAGCGGAUACAGCUGCAACAGCACACAAUAAGGGCCCUCCAAGAAGAACAGGAAUCACAGAAGCAUGGAUUUGAAAAACAGAUCAUGGAAUACAAGGAGCAAAUCAAACAGCACUCCCAGACGAUUGUGAGUCUUGAAGAAAGACUCCAGAAAGUGACCCAACACCAUAAAAAAAUAGAAGGAGAGAUUGCAACGUUGAAGGACAUAGACCCAGCCCAGGAGGGGGAAACACAGCAAGACACUGAGGCAGCACCUCCGGUGGAGAGCACCGCCAAAGACACAGUGUGUGACCACCUGAUAGAGGAUUUAUUGACUGCUCAGAAGGAAAUCCUGUCUCAGCAGGAGAUCAUCAUGAGGUUAAGGAGGAACCUCACCGAAGCGCAUAGCCGAAUGUCAGAUUUGAGAGGGGAGCUUAACGAGAAGCAGAAGAUGGACCUGGAGCGGAAUGCGGUGCUGGCCCAGCAACAAAGCAGCGAGCUGAGCGUGCUCAGGGGAAAGAUGGCACAGAUGACCAGCCUGGCGGAGAAGAAGGACAAGGAGCUAGAGGUCCUCAAGCAGGCACUCAGGGCCUCCCAAGAGAAACACAGACUCCAGCUGCACAAGGAGAAGGAACAGAAGCCCAGGAACGCAGCCCAGAUGUGUGACAUCUCGGUGCAGAUAGAACCAAUGCACACCGAUAUUUUCUUGAGCAGCCAGGAGGAGCAGUCCUUCAGUGAUCUAGGGGCCAAGUGCAAAGGGUCCCGACAUGAGGAAGUCAUUCAGCGUCAGAAAAAGGCCUUAUCUGAGCUUCGUGCGCGAAUUAAAGAACUUGAGAAGGCCAGUUCGUCAAAUCAUAAGGACCACAUGGAUGGAUCAUCUCCAGACUUAAAGACCCUCGGGAUGGAAAAAAACGUUCAGAAAAUAUUGGAUGCGAAACCUGACUUGCCAACUUUUUCAAGAGUAGAGAUCCGAGCGCCUCAAAAUGGCCUUUCCAGCCCAGGGUCCAUCAUGGCCACUGAGAAGUUAGGGAAAACGGAUGUGGCUGAGGCUUUAGAUCUUAGUGAAAAUCUGUACCUGGAUAUGAGCAAAACCCUCGGGAGUCUGAUGAACAUCAAAGAUAUGUCAGGUCACGUGUCCAUGAAACACCUCUCCCCCAGAGAGAGGGAGAGAGUGCACCAGCUUCGACAAAGAGACCUCAACCUGGUGUUUGAUAAGAUCACCCUACUCCAGAACCAGCUGCAGAGAAAAGAAGAGCUUUUGAGAGGAUACGAGAAAGACAUUGAGCAGCUCAGGCAGAGCAAAGUGUCGGUUCAGAUGUACCAGUCACAGGUGGCAAAGCUGGAGGACGACAUCUACAAAGAGGCGGAAGAAAAGGCGCUACUGAAGGAGGCCCUGGAGCGCCUGGAAGAGCGGCUGCACCAGGAGAAGAGGGUCAACAGGGAGACCAGGCAGCAGAAGGAACGUUUAGAGGAUCUCGUACAGAGAAAUGCCAAAGAAUCAGCACCUUGCAACUGUUCCUUCAAAGAGAAAGAGAGGCAGAGACGAAAGUUCGUAGAGAUGGUGAAGAACUCAAACAUGCAGAACUCAGAUUUCCAGGUUGGAGCCAGAAAAGGCACCCCAAAGAUGGACCAAGAAAGGAAGAUGCUGAAGAGGGAAGUGUCCAGCAAAUCCAGCCAGAGCCUUCUGUUUUCUAAACCCGGUGGAAGGAACUAG